UAGAUCAUCUCAACGGCUCAGAUUCUCUAAAACCCUUCCCUUACGCUACACCCUCAUUUCAUCUCUAUAAAACCAAGAUUCCGCAACUGAACUCACCGAAAUUUCAGUCACUCAAAAAGCUUCCAAAAAAAGCUUACAAAAGAAACACAAAGAAUUAUUUUUGAAGAUCAUGGGGACAGAGAAGAAGGAAUUGAAGCACUUAGGAUUGGUGAGAAUGGCUGCUUUACAGUCGUUGAUCUACGUGUCGAAUUUUUAUGAUUACGCUAAGAAAAACUCUGGACCGUUGAGAUCUACUGUUGGGACGGUUGAGAGAGCUGUGACGAGCGUUGUGAGCCCAGUUUAUAAUAAAUUUAAGGAUUUACCUGAUGAUCUUCUUGUUUUUGCUGAUAAAAAGGUAGAUGAAGGUGCAGAUAAGUUUGAUAAGCAUGCUCCACCACUUGCUAAGCAAGUUGCCGGCCAAGUGCAUAGUUUGAUUCAGAUAACAGUCCAAAAGGUUCAAGAAUUUGUCAACGAGGCUCGUGUUGGAGGACCAUGUGCUGCUGUUCAUUAUGCUGCGAAGGAGUAUAAGCACUUUGCCCUUACUCAGAGUGUGAACAUCUGGAUUAAGCUCAACCAGUUCCCGAUCAUUCACACGGUUGCUGACAUGGCUGUUCCGACUGCUGCACAUUGGUCUGAGAAGUACAACCAUACUCUCAAGGUUAUGACACAGAAGGGUUUUCCGAUUGUCGGCCAUUUGCCUUUAGUUCCUGUUGAUGAGAUAUCGAAAGCGUUUAAGCAAGGUAAAGCAGUAGAAGCAGGAGAGAAAGAAAAUGCAGCUCCUGCACAUAAAUCUGAUUCAUCAGAUUCUGAUUAAAUAUUUGCAUUGGAUUGAAUUUGGUGGCUGCUUAGUAUAGUCUGUAUGGUGUAGUUGCUUGCAAAACUAUAUAUAAAGGAUAUGCGAGCCUGUUUAAAAAUACUUUGUUGCAAGUUUGUGAAUGUUUUUUAGACUUGUUCACUUGAUGAUCA